AUGGUACUACACAAGAAUAGUGAGUUUUUCAUUCUUUUUUUUUUUUUCAUUUCCUUUUUUUUUUCCUCCUCCGUUUGUUUUGUUUUGUUUCGCUUUGCCUGUUUGCUACAUGUGGCUGGAUGGUAGGGGCUGACGAGAUGAUCAGAGUGGGAUCGAAAAGCUACGAAAGCGCAUGAGCGGAAACUGAAGGCUGCCGGGAAGGUUGUUGAUGGGGCGAAAGCUAAGGGGGAGAGGGGGGUUGGGGAAGGAGGGCCCGUACCAGGCGCACCACCGGCCGGCAGCGAAGUGAGGGGCAAGGAGAAGGAGGAGGCUGUGGUGGGGGGUCUAAGCGGUAGCGAAGACGAUGAGCAAUCGGGUUCAGAUGAAGGAGACUCGGCAGCCUUCCGGAAACGCACGCUACAAAACAACGCCUGGCGAUACGAAGAAGAAGAGGAAAUCCCCGGCGCGGUGCCAGGUGUCUAACCUCUCCGUCAAGAGCGGGCAAGUAAAUGGCUAACGUCCUAUCGCACAGUCACCCAGGACCCCGAACCUGACUACGCAAGAUUAACAGUUGGCAAAGAAGUCGACCUCUCACACCCCUCCUCCACUGCUGCCAAAAAUAAUGCGCCGCCGCCAAUCGAAGACGUAGACGAGGAAUUCCUGAGGGAGAGCUUCCAGGCUUCCUGCACUUUUGCCUCCACCUCCGUGCCGUCCGGCUCCCGCGCUCGGCGGGACGGUGACAGGGACGGGGGUGAUAAAACGAGGAAAGUUGUUCGGGUUCCUAGAAGUCAAUUCGUCGAUGUUACCGAGAAGAUAUCGAAGCAGACGGCGGCCGAGGCGUUCCGCCAGAGGUUUGGGACUAGGAAGGCCAAGUCUCGCCCGGAAUUAGAGGUGGAGGGUGACGAUGAUGAUGAUCUGGAUUCGUUCCUUGAGGGAUUGGAUCGUGCUCGUGACGGAGGUGAGAGCCAUAUUCUCCUCCCUUUUUAUUGUUUUCGAGAGAGAGAGAGAGAGAGAUCUGAAGGGGAUUAUUGGUUGGAGUGGGGGAUGGAGGGUUAUUGAGGAUUCGUCUAAAAAUAGAGGGUGGGGGAUUGAUUGGAGGUGGAUACAAGUUGGGGGGCUUGGGGAGUUUGAUGAUAUUCAUGAAGCGGGAAUGGAUUGAAAGAAGGGGGGAUCUGUGGCUGACUUGUGCUGUGCGGUGCCUCGGCACAUGGUUCCGAAAUAGUCAAUACGGGCACCGCGAGUACAAGUGGUACCUUCACUGCCAUACCCUCGUCCGUCCCUAGGAUGGCGGCCACCGGCGGAGGAGUGUCGGUACUCGUACCUGGAGGACCGGCAGCGGGGUCACGGGAGAUAAGAAGCGGUCUUGGCAGGAGUUCAGGACCUCCGAAAAAGGACGACAAGGAUGAUGAAUGGUUGGACGCGAUGCUUGGCGGGAGGUGAGCGAAACGAAAAAGAGAGAGAAUGGGGAAAUCCUUUCUCGUACAGCACCGCUUAAUAGGGUCAUCCGUUUUCCUUCCCCUCCGAUCCAGUCAGGAAGAUAGGGGGGAUCGGGGUGUUUUUUCCUCUUUUCCUUUUUCCUCCUUCGUCACCGUUCAUCGUAGUACUGAAAUUUUAUGCUGCGACUGUACUCGUACUGUGUUGCAAGUUCCUGUCCUGGUUGAUUGUUGCGGUGUCGGUACACAAUGUGGGCUGUGCAAGCUCUAUUAAUGAC